CUAGCCUAGCCCAGCCCAGCCCAGCCCAGCCCCGCCGGGUCCUGCCCCACGGCGGAGCAGAGACGGACCCAGACUGGCGCGCGCACGCCGGGCAGAGCUGCCAACCUCUGGUCGCGGAGUGGGACUCUCCCGGCCACAGCUCCCCUCCUAGCUUUCUCGCUCUGCCGGACGCUGCUGGCGCCUGGGCGGCCGCCUCCGAAGAAAGCCCUCGCUCGCUGCUGCCGCUACUGCUGUGGCGUCCGUCCGCGGUGUUCGGUCCGGGCCCCUCGGCCGGAGCAGCAGCACCAGCGGCGGCCACCGGGGAGCAGACACCAUGGGAACGAGCUCCGGCGUCCAGGGCAGGGACGGCCCCGUUCUCCUCUGACGUCCCCUGCAGCAGCCCGCUGUGAAAGCCCAGCCCUGGGAAGGCCGGCAUCGCCCGGGACGGAGGGAGCCAUGAAGCACUAGCCCUUCCCGGGACACGCUUCCAAGAUGGCGGCUCAGCGGAUCCGCGCGGCCAACGCCAGCGGGCUCCCGCGCUGCAAGUCCGAGGGGACGCUGAUCGACCUGAGCGAGGGCUUCUCGGAGACGAGUUUCAGUGAUGUCAAAGUGCCUUCUCCCAGUGCCUUGCUUGCCGACAAUCCCACCCCUUUCGGGAACGCGAAAGAAGUGAUAGCAAUCAAGGACUACUGCCCCACCAACUUUACCACUCUGAAGUUCUCCAAAGGGGACCACUUGUACGUCCUGGACACGUCCGGGGGAGAGUGGUGGUACGCACACAACACCACUGAGAUGGGCUACAUCCCUUCCUCCUACGUGCAGCCUGUCAACUACCGCAACUCAACGCUGAGCGAUAGUGGGAUGAUCGACAAUCUUGCGGACAGCCCUGAUGAAGUAGCCAAAGAGCUGGAGCUGCUGGGGGGAGGCUGGAUGGACGAGAAGAGGAGUUCCACCAAAGCCCACAACAACAACCCUUUCUGGAACGGGGUGCAGACGAACCCAUUUCUGAAUGGGAACGUGCCCGUCAUGCCCAGCCUGGAAGAGGCGGCUCCCAAAACAACAGUGGACUUGCUGCUCUUUGACACCGAGGUGCCGCCAUCUUUCACCCCAACCAGCUCAGCAACGACCAAUAGCAUCGGCAAUAUUUUUGAUGAACUGCCCUCUGCCAACAGGCUCUCCAGCGCUGAGCAGCCCGUCAAACGAGAUAACCCCUUCUUCCGAAGCAAGCGUUCCUACAGUUUAUCUGAGCUCUCUGUCCUCCAAGCCAAAUCAGAAAGCCCUUCGGCAUCCAACUUCUUCACCGGGCUGAAAUCUCCCACCCCUGAACAGUUCCAGAGCCGGGAGGACUUCCGGACUGCCUGGCUGAACCACAGGAAGCUGGCGCGCUCCUGCCACGAUUUAGAUUUGCUCGGCCAAAAUCCCGGCUGGGGUCAGACGCAGCCCGUGGAGACAAACAUCGUGUGCAAGCUGGACACGUCGGGUGGCGCCGUCCAGCUGCCGGACACGAAUAUCACCAUCCACGUUCCCGAGGGCCACGUGGCUCCUGGGGAGAUGCAGCAGAUUUCCAUGAAAGCCCUGCUCGACCCCCCCUUGGAGCUCAACAGCGAUAAGUCCAGCACCAUCAGCCCGGUCUUGGAGGUAAAACUCAGCAACAUGGAGGUGAAGUCCUUCCUCAUUCUGGAGAUGAAGGUUUCGGCCGAAGUGAGGCAGGACGUGGUCAGCCGGAGCACCGUGGUCUUGCAGUGCUUGCGCAGCGACAUGAAGGAGGGCCCCUACGUCCCCGUGCCGCUCCUCUACAGCUAUGGCGACACCAUCCAGGUCCACCUGGAGAACCUGGAGCCUUGCAUGUAUGUAGCAAUCGUGGCCCGCGGGCAGAACAUCCUCUACCCUUCCACCGUGUGGGACUUCAUCAACAAGAGAGUCACCGUCGGGGUGUACGGCCCCAAGCACAUCCACCCCUCCUUCAAGACGGUGGUCACCGUCUUCGGGCAUGAGUGCGCGCCCAAGACCCUGCUGGUCAGCGAGGUCAUGCGGCAGGUUCACGGGACGUCCCCGGUGGCCCUGCAGCUGUGGGGGAAGCACCAGUUCGUCUUGUCCAGGCCCCAGGACCUCAAGCUGUGCAUGUUCUCCAACAUGACCAAUUACGAGGUCAGGGCCAGCGAGCAGGCCAAAGUGGUCCGGGGCUUCCAGAUGAAACUGGGCAAGGUGAGCCGCCUGAUCUUUCCCAUCACGUCCCAUGACCCCAAUGACCUGUCGGACUUCACCCUGAGGGUGCAGGUCAAGGAUGACCAGGAGGCCAUCCUCACCCAGUUCUGCGUACAGACGCCUCAGCCCCCGCCCAAGAGCGCCAUCAAGCCGUCGGGACCUCGGCGAUUCCUCAAGAAGAACGAGAUCGGGAAAAUCAUCCUGUCCCCCCUGGCGGCCACCACCAAGUACCCGACUUUUCAGGAGCGCCCGGUGGCCAGCCUCAAGUUUGGAAAACUGCUCAAGACGGUCGUGAGACAGAAUAAAAACCACUAUUUGCUGGAGUACAAGAAGGGAGACGUCAUCGCCCUGCUAAGUGAGGAGAAGAUCAAAUUGAAAGGCCAGCUAUGGACCAAGGAGUGGUACAUCGGGUAUUACCAGGGCAAGAUCGGGCUCGUGCACACCAAGAACGUGCUGAUUGUUGGGAAGAUCAGGCCGUGCUUUUUCUCUGGGCCCGACCUCAGUACCAGCGUGCUCCUGGAACAGAUCCUGAGGCCCUGCAAGUUUCUGACUUACAUCUACGCCUCCGUGAGGACUUUGCUCAUGGAGAACAUCUGCAGUUGGCGGUCCUUCGCCGACGCGCUGGGCUACGUGAAUCUGCCGCUCACGUUCUUUUGCCGAGCAGAAUUGGACAGUGAGCCCGAGCGGGUGGCCUCCGUCCUGGAGAAGUUGAAGGAAGACUGUAACAACGCCGAGAACAAAGACAGAAAGUCUUUUCAGAAGGAGCUGAUGAUGGCCUUGUUGAAGAUGGAUUGCCAGGGCCUUGUGGUCAGGCUCAUCCAGGACUUUGUGCUCCUGACCACUGCAGUUGAGGUGGCCCAGCGAUGGAGGGAGCUGGCGGAAAAGCUCGCCAAAGUAUCCAAACAGCAGAUGGACGCCUACGAAUCUCCGCACCGGGACAGGAACGGGGUUGUCGACAGUGAGGCCAUGUGGAAGCCUGCCUAUGACUUCUUACUGACGUGGAGCAAUCAGAUUGGGGACAGCUACCGGGAUGUCAUCCAGGAGCUUCACCUGGGCUUGGACAAGAUGAAGAACCCCAUUACUAAGCGCUGGAAACAUCUCACGGGCACCUUGAUCCUAGUGAACUCGCUGGACAUCCUGAGGGCAGCUGCCUUUAGCCCUGUGGACCAUGAAGACUUUGCCAUCUGAUCCGUGGGCUUCCCAAACGCCUCCUGCUGCUGCUGCUUUCUCUCUAUGCGGAUUGACCCCAAAAGAAGAGCAGGCCAGUCAUUCGGGCGCACUGAGCGUCUCCACCCCACUCCUCCCCCUUCCUGGCUCUUCUCCUAACCCAGGAACAUCCCGAAGAGAUUUUCUAUUGUAUAUUGUUGCCAAUCGCACAGACUUUCUACUUGUAAAGUAUAAAAUGGAAAAAUCAUGUUUUUAUAGAAAUUUGGAGAAAUCCUACAGAAUAUCUAAUUUUUUAACAGAUAAAAGGAAAAAAAUAAAACCACUGAUGAGGCGGCGGGAAGAUGUGACUUUUUUCAGAUGUAUAAAGACUUUUUUUAAAUUAUGGUAGGCGUUGUUUUCCUUUGAUCCUGUACAUAUGUAUUAAAAAACAUACAGCAGGCCACUCUCUCCUUUUGACUCCCCCACCCGGAGUCGCCUUUCAGCUCUGUGAGGCUGACAGGACCGAUCCGAGCUUCCGAGAGAGGGACGUCAUGCCUUCUGCAAGGUCUCUUCCCAAAAGUUGUCAUUCAUUUCGAGGUGCUCAGACCCUGUUCUUUGGGGUUUGGUUUCAUUGGAGUUUGGGUCCUUCAAGGAGUUCUUGCAGUAAACAUUGACCCGCGCGCCUGCCUGCGAGCGUUAGCUGGAAGAGUUGUCGUUGACCUCGUAAUCCCACAUAGCUUUAGAAGAGUUGCUGCUGGUAAUCAUUAAGAAGCAACGGGGGGAAGGAAAGCCCAGCUCUUCCUCGGGGAAGGGAUUCUCUCACCCACCUGGAACGUGUGUCCCCACUCGGUGUAGCAGGCAGCUGAAAACGAUCCCCUUUAAUGGUUUCCAGUCAUGGGUUGCCCCACAGUGAGAAAGGAGCCCUUGGGAACUGCGCUCCUAGACAGGCUACCAUUCCUUAAAAACCUUUCACGUAAUCAGCGGACAUGAUUGGGGAAAUGUCCCUCCAGACGCCGGCGACCUCUUCCUCCCCACUAAUGUCAGUGCCCUCGCAGGCAGUCAAACCAGUAGGGCUAUUCGAUGAUCAUCUGGCGCUUUGGGAACUCCGUCUGCCAAAUGAACACCUUCCUUGGGAAUCCUGUGGGUCCUCUUGCUCUCUCCUCUCCCCAUAGGUCCCUGGCAAAAUAAUGCAUGUGAAGAGUAUUUUACACCCUGAGGAGAUGCUAUUUUGAGUGAGAAGGAUUUUUUCAGGAAGUGAAAAUGGCACCCCACAUGGUCAAAACCAAAGCAUUGGUUAAACCGAGGUUUACGACCACAAUAAAAGAGCAGCUUUGUGAAUUGGGAAGCAAACCGGGACGCGUAUGGUAUGGCGGCUGGUCUCUGUGUGCUGGUAAAUAGUGGCUGGGCCCGCAAAGGGUUGGCCUAAGAUUUCCCAUUGGGUGUGGAGACUCCAUUUCCAGAUUUGGGGAAAGCAACCCUGACUCCUGGCAAAGGCCGGGGAGAGCUUUGACUCCCUGAUCACCCACCCUCCCACUUCAUCUCUGAUUUGACAGCAUUGGCUUGUCUCUCUGCCAGGUUCCAAUCUGAAUCGAGAACAGCUGCUAUCACAAUUGAGGAAAGUCUGCCCAAAUUAGUGCCAGGAGCGUUUCUCCACUGUAAGCAGGCAGAUGUUUCCAAACGAUGGGAUUCAUUUCCCAGAUCCCAAUGAGGGAGAUGUCCGGUUCUCCCUGAGCAUUCCUAGAAGAAGCUCCCUCGCACCUCACCCCCACCAGGACCUCCUGCUUUUCAUCUCUCAUCUUCUCCCCAAGGAGAAAACAAAAAUGGCCACUUGCACCUUAACAAACUCACAUCUUUUCCUCAGGGGCUUCAAGUAGUUUCCUAUGCAACUUACCUUGUAGCACAACCAAAAUUAACCAAGUUGCAGAAGCUUUUCUUUGAAUGGUAUAACCUACUGAGUGUUUUGUUUUUUUCUGCACCAAACCAAAAUCGAAAUAAAAUUCAAAUAAAUCA